AUGGAUGGAAAAAUCUAAUGUGCAGUUUUUCUAUUCAAUUCCAUUCAUUAUUUUCUGAUAUACUAAUUCCUAGGUCCAGUCACACUUUAGGAUUUCAAUUAGUGUAAAAUAUGGACAAGUUGGAUCAAUUUCUAUUGCAGAUACAAGAUGAACAUCUGGGACGUUGGUGGGCAGACAUCCUUACGUUCGUAUUGGCGCAACUAUUUUGAGUGUACAGAUGGCCUGAUCUGGGUGGUGGACUCAGCUGAUGUGGACCGCCUCAAGGACUGUGAGAAGGAACUGCACAAGUUACUCAUGGAAGAAAGGCUGUGUGGGGCGACGCUGCUGGUCCUGGCAAACAAGCAGGACCUUCCUGAGGCGCUCUCCUCCGAGGACAUCAGAGACGUGCUGAGCCUGCAAAAUCUGAAGACUCAUCACUGGAGUAUAUUUCCCUGCAGCGCCGUGACGGGGGACAACCUCGUGCAGGGAAUGGACUGGCUCAUCAGGGACAUCGCCGCAAGGAUAUUUACGCUCGACUAAGCUCUGCUAUGUCUUAAGCACCAACCCCCCUGCACAGGAACAUUUUUCCUCGGCGUCCCAGUAGAGGUGGCUUCAAGAUAAAAUUGCUCUUGUUUUUGAAGCCUCUACUGGCAUUGCCUGGUUGUUUUCCUGGACCUAGGGAAUAUGGGCACCUUACCUACGUGUUCGUCUCGAGUCCUAAAGAAAUUCCAUUAACUCAAGCUCUAAGGUCUUUGAUGUUUUCUAACAAAACCAAAAAAAAAAGAACUUGUGAAGUACAUUAAAUAACAAUUUCUUUCCACGCACGUCUGUUUUUUGAAGUGAUGUAUAAGUUAGCGCUCUAUACGCUUAAGGAAAUAAUAUCUUUGAUAUUAACCUAUCAUCUGUAGUGUUCUUUGUCUUUUUUUUAUAAAAUAGAGUAUGAAUUGUAGAUAACAAAUUCUGUCAUUUUGCUGUAAGAACUUUCUUGAAUUAUUAAAAUCGACUUUUUCCAAUAAUUGCAGAUUCAAUGGAGGCUGUUUCCAAACAUAUCUCCCUCAGCAGCCCUCAGCUUUUGCACUGAAUUGAAUCCUCUCAAUUCAAUUUUUCUGCUAGACAAAAUGGCCUCACAGUAAUGUGAUAAAUAUAUUUGGUAUGAAGGAAAUGAGUGAGUUUAGUUAUUUUUGUUACAAGUUUUGCUAGCGUAAACGGAAGAGAUCGUGUGCAAGUCAGAAAUCUGUGAUACGUUUGUAAUAAAUUCUGCGUUAUCGCG